AUGGAUUUUAAUAACGAUAACAUACUUUUAUGCGGGGAUUUCAAUAUGAAACCAAUUGAAAAAGGGUAUAAUUUUUUAAAAAGUCUUAAAUUUUAAUCUAUUUAUGAAUUUAUUCAUUAAAAUGAACCUAUAAUUACAUUUCCAACAGGAUUAUAAGCCCCUCAUAUGGAUACAGAUCCGGAAGGAUGCUAUGAUUAUAUUUUUUGGAAAGGAAAAAAUAUUAUCCCUAAUAAUAUUUUUAUUAUCGGUGAUUAAUGUUUGGAUAGUGAUAAGACUAUUUAUCCGAGUGAUCAUAUGGGUUUAACUGCUAUUUUAGAUAUUUAGUUUUGA